AUGGGGCCCCCGGGCAAUAGGCGAUCAUGGGGCCCCCUGUGUCCUCGCCCACACUCAAACCACACCCAAAAAAGCCUAUGAAAGGUACCAGGGGCAUCUCAUGGGGCCCCCUACUGACCCCGGGCCCUCGGACAGUGCCCAAGUUUCCAAUGGUCAGUCCGCCCCUGAUACAAGUGAAUGGGUGUACUGUAAGGAUUGCACUGACAUAUAUACCUGUGGCCCCUAGAGGGAGCACUUCCGCACCCCUGCACAUUCUCAUGAUCCCAGAAAGAUGGAAAUGCUGGCGGUGG